CAAUAUUACGUUUUUUUUCCUUCCUCCUCGCUGACAAAGGCAAAUGAAGCCAUGUUUUUGCUUACAAACAUCUUAACGCGUGGAUGCGGAGCCAUGCGCCGAUGCGCUGCAUAAGGAGAGGCCGCUGCGACCUUCCGCCCGCUCCCCCCUGAUUCCUCACAUCUUUGGAAACGGGAUAGAUGGUUUUUAAUUUUUUACUUGGGAUAUGUUUUAAAGCGAACAACUUGAGCCGCGCCGUAACUCUCAGAGCCCAACGAGGACCUAAACAUAACAGAUCUGAUUGGAUGCAGAAAAUGAGUUUCGGGGUGAGCUGGUGAACCAGCGGUGGACACGAGGCGAGAGGAAUAGCAGCCGCUGUCAGGCCUCCCAGAGACCGCAGAGCCGUCGACCAAUCAUGAUGAGUGUGGAGGGUGACGACAAGCGGACUCGCACUCGGUCAAAGGGAAUCAGAGUUCCUAUUGAGCUCGUAGGACAAGAGCUGAGCUGCCCCACCCCCGGAUGCAAUGGCUCCGGCCAUAUCAGUGGGAGAUACUCACGACACAGAAGCCUUCUGGCUUGCCCCAUUGCCAGAAAGCGCCGUCUAGAGGAAGCUGAGCAGGAGCAGGAACAGGAACAGGAAGCAGGGAGGCCCGCCUCCAAAAGAAAGUCCCACCCCCUGAAACUUGCCCUGGAUGAGGGCUUCAGCGCCGAGAGUGACGCCAGCAGCGAGGCAGAGGACGAGGCCGAGAGGGAUGGAGGGAGGGUGGAAAAGGAGGCCAUGGAGGCAAGAGGGGAGGAAGAGAUGGAUGCAGGUGUGGAGGAGAUAGCAACCGAGCCCCCCAAGCAGGACACCGAUGGAGUGAUGAACGGACAGCAGGAGGAGGAGGAGGAGGAGGAGGAGAAGACAUCAGCAAGUGAUGAAGAGCAGGAGUGUGUGAUCGUGGAGCCGGAGCCGGAGCCGGAGCCACGAGCCACGUCACCUGCAGCCAAGGUGUGCCGGCCUCCUUCUCAGAGCGCCGAGGAGGUGGCCGACUCGCUGCUCCACCUGGGCCGAGUCUCUAACGGCCACGCUGUGAUCGUGCAGCAGAUUGAGGAUGUCAGCGUGGCAGCUGAGAGGGGUGAAGAAGUAAAGUAUGAGCAGGAGGGGGCCAUGCGCGAGGGCGAAGAGGAAGAGGAGGAGGCACAAAGAGCUCUGGAGGAGUCAUCUGUUCUGCAGAAUGAGGGGAGCGAGGUGGAGGAAGAACAAGGGGAGCGGGUUAACAUGAGCAACCAUGUGAGCCACAACCAACAGAUCAAAGGUGAAGAGGAGGAGGAGAUGGUGGUAUCAGUGCAGCAGACGCAGGAGACUCUAGCAGAAGAUGAGGAGGAUGAUGAUGAUGAUGAUGAUGAUGAUGAGAAAGAUGAAGAGGAGCCAAGGAGCCCGUUCCUCUCCAUAUCUGAUGUGCCAACUGCCGUCCGAACCAUCACCAGCACAGCAGCAGCUCAGGGAACACACAUCAAGACGGAAAACCACAUACUUCAGGAGGACUACAGCAGCAGCAAAUACGACUCCCUUCAGAACUUCAAAGCCAGCCCUCCUUUAAGCUACGGCUCCCACACGGCCAGUCCCCUGGAGGACUUCUUCUCCAUUCCCAGAGUGGAGAGCUACAAAAUUCACAAGGCCCCGUCCUCAGCCUCUCCCGACAUCAUUGAAGUGCGAUCUGAUAAGUCGGAGGAGAAAGACUUCGAUGACCUAGACGGAGACGAUGAGCGAGAUGAUGAAGACAGCCUGUCGCAGCGCUCCACGGUGACAGACGAGUCGGAGAUGUUUGACAUGACCAGAGGGAACCUGGGUCUCCUGGAGCAGGCCAUCGCUCUGAAGGCCGAGCAGGUGAAGCCGGCUGGGCCCAGAGAGCUGCUCCGUGCUCCAGAUCUCCACCACCAGAGAUACUUCACCAUAGAGGACAGACCCAAGCACCUGGACAUCAUCCGGAAGACCUACUUCAGCAAAGAGAGGCCAGAGAAGAGAGAGAACAAGUGUCCCACACCGGGGUGUGACGGGACAGGCCAUGUGACUGGUCUUUACCCCCACCACCGUAGCCUGUCAGGUUGUCCGCACAAGGACAGGAUCCCUCCAGAGAUUCUGGCCAUGCAUGAAAAUGUGCUGAAGUGUCCAACUCCUGGCUGCACUGGCCAGGGCCACGUAAACAGCAACCGCAACACACACCGCAGUCUUUCCGGAUGCCCGAUCGCUGCAGCAGAGAAGCUUUCCAAGACCCACGAUAAGCAGCAUCUCCCUCAGCUGGGCAGCGAGCACCUUAAAGGAAGCCCCAACGACAGAGUCCUGAGGCCUAUGUGCUUUGUGAAGCAGCUCGAGGUGCCCCAGUAUGGCAACUACAGGGCCAAUAUGGCACCCUCCACACCUCGCGCCAACCUGGCCAAGGAGCUGGAGAAGUACUCCAAGGUCUCCUUCGAUUAUGCAAGCUUCGACGCCCAAGUGUUCGGGAAGCGCACGCUUGCUCCAAAGAUGACCACCAGCGAAACUUCACCCAAAGCCUUCAAAACCAAGCCCUCAUUCCCCAAGUCACCCUCUCCAAGCCUGAGCCUCCAAGCUUACGGGAAGAACUCCACCCUCCCAUACGACUACUCCCAUGAUGCCGAAGCUGCUCACAUGGCUGCCACCGCCAUCCUUAACCUGUCCACUCGUUGCUGGGAGAAGCCUGAGAACCUCAGCAUUAAACCACAAAACAAGGAAAUGGACAUUGAGGUGGAUGAGAAUGGCACUUUGGACCUGAGCAUGAAGAAGCCUAUUAAACGAGAGGGCAGUGUGUCUGGCACCAGCCCUGGGGUUCGGUCUCCUGAUCCUUCUUCGUCCUCCUCCUCUUCGUUUCAUCCUAGUGGAAACAGUGGGAUGACAUCCCCAAACCUUCAUACGUACAAGCAGGAAGACUGGGAGGGACCUCUGGAUUUCACCAAACCCAACCGCCAAAGGGAGGAGGAAACAGACGAGAUGGAACACACAGGCCAGUCGUAUGUCUCAUCUGACCAGGAGGACUGUGACAUGAUGCAGGACUGCCUGGAGGACAGGAAGUACCCCGGAGAGGUCACAACCCCCAGCUUUAAAGUCAAGUUUCAGCCCAAGGACAGCAAGAAAGAACUGCUCUCGUGCCCCACACCUGGCUGUGAUGGCAGUGGCCACAUCACUGGAAACUACGCAUCCCACCGCAGUCUGUCUGGGUGUCCUCUCGCUGAUAAGAGCCUCCGGUCCCUCAUGGCGGCCCACACCCCUGAACUCAAAUGCCCCACGCCAGGAUGCGAUGGCUCAGGUCACAUCACAGGAAACUACGCCUCUCACCGAAGUCUCUCUGGGUGCCCGCGUGCCAAGAAAAGUGGAAUUAAAACUCCUACCAAGGACAACCAGGAGGACUCGGAGCUUUUAAACAGAUGCCCCGUGCCGGGCUGCGACAGCCUCGGCCACAUCAGCGGCAAGUACGCCACGCACCGCAGCGCCUACGGGUGUCCCCUGGCAGCCCGCAGGCAGAAGGAGGGUCUCCUGAACGGGAUGCCCUUCAACUGGAAGGCCUUCAAGACAGAGGGGCCCACCUGCCCCACCCCCGGGUGUGACGGCUCCGGACACGCCAACGGGAGCUUCCUCACGCACCGAAGCCUCUCAGGAUGCCCAAGAGCCUUGUUCGCAAAGAAGAAGGCCAAGUUCCCCUCAGAGGACUACAUGAGCACCAAGUUCAGAGCCACUGACGUUCUGGACAACGAUGAGGAGAUCAAGCAGCUCAACAGAGAGAUAAACGACCUCAACGAAUCCAACAACGAAAUGGAGGCAGACAUGGUCAACCUGCAAACUCAGAUCUCCUCCAUGGAAAAAAACCUGAAGAGCAUCGAGCACGAGAACAAGAUGAUCGAAGAGCAGAACGAGGCUCUCUUCAUGGAGCUGUCCGGUCUGAGCCGGGCCCUCAUCCGCAGCCUGGCCAACAUCCACCUGCCGCACAUGCAGGAGCCAAUCACGGAGCAGAACUUUGACAACUACGUCAGCACCCUGACCGACAUGUACACCAACAAGGAGUGCUUCCAGAGCCCGGAGAACAAGGCCUUGCUGGAGAGCAUCAACAAGGCUGUGAAGGGCAUCAAAGUGUGAGGUCCGACUGGCGGCGCAGCGAGAAAUCUGAGCCGGCUACUGAAGCUGGAGAGCUGGAUGCAGGAGGAAUUGGAGCGAUGAAGGAGGGAUGCUGAAAUGCUCAACAAUGUAUUUAAAUAUGUUUCAGAAACAAAAAGGGAAUUCAGGUUACUUAAAUAAAUGGCAAAUUUCAAAUAAAGUCAACCCAGGGAGCACUCUGUUGAAGAAAAGCGACCAAAAUCCACCCCAUGCUGCCGCUGGGAGUCAGCGGAGGAAACCUUCAGUCAGAGUGGACGGGAAGGAGGAAUAACGUUUCUAAGAACUACACCUGAGGGGCUUUGAUACGCUGAAUGUUUACCUGCUGAGUCUGCUUCUAGAGGCCGACCCGACCGGCUCCCGUGCUUCUGCUGAUCUGGAAGGAGGCGCGGAGGCGGGAUCCGCUCCUGGGAAGGACGAGCCGGAUGAUCGGACUUUCACCGCUGUCCUGUAGCAUUUGCCUGGGGCGCUGACAUGCGCUCACCAGCUGUCUGAUCCACGUCCCCACACACACACACACACACACACACACACACACACACACACACACACACACACACACACACACCCAUCCCAGCAAUAUGAGACCUGCGCUCACCUGAAUGUGGGUGUUUGAAACGGAAGCGCUCUGCAGCCCGGGCGGUGAGGCAGAUCUCAGAACAUUCUGAAUGCUCAGCAGACCAACCCUCUUUGUUUUUAACUGAAAGGAUGAUAGUAGUGGGCACACAUCUCAGAUUCAGUUAGUCAUAUCAAUAGUAUUUAUCUACAUAGGAAUUGCACUUCAUUUCAAUGAAUAGUUUUGUGGUACAAUAAUUAUUGUUAUAUAUGAAUUAUUUAAACUUGUGAACUUUUAAAUUGUAACUUAUUGCCUUUUAUGUUAUUGAGGUUUAUUUAUUUGAAGCAAUCUAUUUAUUAUUAACUUUGUUUUGUAAAACAAACAAAAAAAAAAUGCAACUUUACUGUUAACCCAUCUGCAGAUGUCUUAGGAACCUGGCUACAACGCCAGACGAGGCGUGCUUUUGGUUUUUAAAAACCUUUUUACGUGCAGAUGUUUUAUAAAAAGAAACAACACAACAGAAAUCUAAAUUCUUUUGAUAAUUUUACAAGAAAAUUUUUGUUUUUUAUGUUUUUCUUGCUUUCUUUUGUUUUGUUUGUGCUUUUUCUGUUACUGCUACAAACCCCGCAGGUGAGAGGAAACAUGAAAAAUGAUGUAUUUAUUAUUUAUUUAAUAAGAAAGAUGUGGACUGAUGUGUAUUUAUUUUGCUUUUAUUUAUGUGCUUGAUGUGACGGUUGAGUCUGAGUAGUAAAAGAAAAUCCACUGCUAAUAUUUAAAUAAACACCAUGGAUACCAGUACUGUUUGACUGCUUAGGCGUGUACUUAGACCAGCCAGCAGCUGAUUGUAAACCCAACAGAAGCACUCACUUCUCUGUUACUGUCACAUCUCUGUGUGCUCUUUUGCUUUUUGUCAGCCGAAGAAAACGAUUUUAAAAGAGUAAAAAAAAAAAAAAAAAGACGUUUUGUACCUCUCCCAAGCUCUUUGUAGCGGCCAGCACUGGCUCACCCAGAACCUCUACGAUGCACCGCGGCUGCUUGGGGAGUAUUCUCUGAUCAUCUGUAAAAUGUUCCACAUGGAGAGCUUUUCCAGCCGCGUUUUAGCCUGGAUGCAUGAGUUGAAAAUACACAGUGACAUAUCCAAAAACCCUUGAGAAUACGAUGAGGUCCUUUCUAUCUUUGACUAACUUCUAACAUACACACCCUUGUAGCCUUACUCUAGAUUUUAAUUUUUUGAUGCACAAAGUGCCACUGAUUUAACAAAAAAAAAAGAAGAAGAAGAAAAAAUAGGAUAAGAGCAAAAAGGAGAGUUUACUUUUUUCCUGAUUCUUUGCAUCUCUGCAAUGUAAGGAUGCCUGGUCCCGGGACGACCACGGCAUCGAGAGAGUGCGGAUUGUUUCAAAUGCCUUUAUUUCUCUGCCAAGAUGGCCAUAAGUACACUAUAUAUACAUUCUGUACAAAUAGAUUUUAAAGAUGCUAUAUAUAUGAAUAUAAACAUACAUAUAUUUUUCCAGUGUAAUUGUUGACUUCGUCUUCUCUUGUCUUAUCAGAAGCUGUUCAGGCGAGACGUGAGGGCGCGUCAUUGUGAGGAGGCGGUUGCUCCUUCUUUAAUAUCACUUAGACCUGCUCUACUGUGGCUUUAAACAUUCAGUCUAGCUGAAGUCGUUGGUGGUAGUGUGACAGUACUUUGGAUCCCGUCGUCCUCCCCGGUUCUUCUUUUCCGUCCACCUGUCUGUCUUUAGCCUGAAAGUCGGCCGCGUGUUCACGGCUGACUCUGAGACUAGCUGGAAGGCUCGUCGUCCCCGAGUGUCAUGUGAGUUCGUGUAUAUUGAGAAAAAAAAAAAAAAAAAGAUGCCUCUGAAUAAUGUUCUGCACCUUGUGUUCAGCGACGUCGUGCAGUUUCUUAAUCUGAUUCUUGGUGUGUGUUGUCCACGGUAAAAGGCCUGCUCGCGCUGUGCUCCUUCACGUUGAAGCAAAGCAGCAGGUGUUUGUGUGAGCUGCCUUUGGCUGAAACCAUUCCCGUGUGUAACUCUGAUGUCCACGGCAUGUUGUAAAUGUGCUCUUAGCCAGCGUAGAAUGUGCACUUUCUGAAUAGCUGUUGAGGAUGCCAGCAUUGGAGUCGGAGAGGAGGACGGAUCUCCCCCCCCCCCUCCUGUGUGCUCCUGUUUCCUUGACCACGUUCUCUGAGAGUUUCAUGAAGUCAAAGGAGUUUCUAAUUCUUUUCCAAACCGGGAGACCAAAAGAGAUUGAUGGGAAGAAGUGUUUGGUUCUCAGGUGACCUGGGGCAGAGCAGAGCAUGGCCACAGGUUGAGCAGUCAGCUGAGGCCAGAGGCGGUAGCAGCGGCUGGAUCAAGGCCUCGUGUGAAAUGAGACGAGUGUGUGGGAGUGGAAAAUUGAUUCGCCGGGCUGCACAACCUCCCCUUUGUUGUCGGAGGAGGCGUUUGUUGCAUAAAUAUGUGGACGUCACUCAAAAGGAUGUCAAAGCUUUUUCUGACUUUUUGGCCCUCCUCCCAAAUCCCGGUCGCUCCAUUCCUCCAUCCGUCUUCUUCACGGCUUGUGCAGCCUUUCCUUAGGAAAGAGGGUUUGGAUGCAUUUGGUUAACAAAGUAGUGUACUCCCCCUCUUGAAAUGCACAAGAAUACUACCCCGGGAGUGUUAAGACUGUGAAUAUUCUCCUAACCUAUUUGAUAUGGCAUGACCCCUUUUAAACUGCUUGAUGAAAUUGUCUACCGAGGUAUGUAAAUGAAUAACACUGAGGCCAUGAAAGCAGAGCGUUUUAAGGAAAAGAAAAGAACGUUUCUGCUAAGAAAGCAACCUCAGCCCACGGUCGGUCCUCCACCCACGCACUGUAUGUUUUCCUAUUUACAUAAAAGUACCGAGUGAUGGAGUCGGUUUUAUUAUUCUGAUCCGAAGAGGAACAUUUAACUGGACGGGGCUCAGUUUGUUACCCCCCACAAAGCGCCCGGGAAUCAAUGUUAUUUGAUGUGACAACGCUUUUCAGGGAAUUCAGUCCGCACCAAAAUCCAAACGUGAGCGUGAAGGGUUGAUAUAAAGAGAGAAAAAAGAUAAUAAUAACUGAGUGGCACUUUUUCAUCAGGCUGUCCAAAAUAUAACAGAACCAAAAGAAACCCUAUCUUUUCCCACCUCCCUGCCGUAGUUCUCAGAUAUGUGUGGUCUUAUCAUGUGUGCCUUUCUCCCUCCACUCAUGUCAACAUAUGGUAUGUUUACACCCGUUCAAAUACUGCUGAAAAUACUCGGUCCUGAUCCAGAUGUCUGACUUUCAGGGGAAAUGGGUGGGGCGGGGGGGGGGGGGGGGGGGGGGGGUUCUCUGCGGAGCAAGCGUGUCUCCUUCUGUCCUCUGCAGACAGAGAGCAUACUGUUCAACAGAGGGGAACUCAAAGCUUUUGUCCGUCUAAAGAAACUGUGAUCUCAUUCUGUCGAUUCAGGUACCAAAACUGCACGGACAGUUUCUGUGAAGGGAUCCCAAGAUCGGCAGUCGUCUCUAGAUACUGCACCAGAGGGCAGGGCAUUAUUUUGACAAAAGUGGAAAGUCUCUGUACAUAUUUGUAUUCUGAGGAAACAGUGUUAUUGUUGUUGUAAUGAAGUUGAAAAUUGUUUCAGAAAUAAUAACGAUGAUAAAAAAAAAUAAAGAAUAGUUUGUGACAGCGAGGAAAAAAAAAAAAAAAGUCCACAGCCAAGGGUUGUCCUGCUAGCACAUUUUUACAGAGAUGAGCUAUUUUUACUGGUGAUUUUCUAGACAUGUUGAAAUCCUUUUGAAAAAAAAAUAGUACAAAACUUCCAGAAGUACAAGCACUUCCAUUACUAUAGAAUGUGUGAUCAGUUUAGUUACUUUUGUAGAUGUGGUCGUUCCUUUGCUACUGCACCGUUUUCUAAAGUGGGACAGGCCUUGGCUGUGCGUUCUUAGGGAAUCUUGUUUAUGUUUAACCUUUUUUUUUUUGGAGGGUGGGGGUGUAUAACACGGUAGAUCGGCCAAGUUUGUGGAUGUGUGUUUGUGUACUUGUAAACAUGUUCCCUGUUUCUGUGUCAGUGUUAUAAAGCAGAGAAGUGACGUCAGUUAUUGUGAGGGUAUGAACCAUUUUAAAUGUUCUCUAUUAAAAAAAUCCAAAUAAAGACUCAUAGACCAGA